AAGAUCAAAGAACAGUGUCCUCUGGAGGCGGGGCUUCACAGCAGCAGCAAGGUGACGAUCCAUGAGUGUGACGAGGGGGCGGAGCCUCAGGGCUUCUGGGAGGCUCUGGGGAGAAAAGACAGGAAGGCCUACGACUGCAUGCUACAAGACCCGGGUAAAUUCAACUUCACCCCGAGGCUUUUCCAGCUGAGCAGCACAUCUGGAGAGUUUGUGGCGAAUGAGUUCUUCCACCUGUCCAGAGCUCCACAGCUGGUCAGCUCGCUGCCCUUCCUGCAGGAAGACCUGUACAACGCUCCACAGCAACCUGCGCUGUUCCUGGUGGAUAACCUCCACGAGGUGUACCUGUGGCAGGGCUGGUGGCCGCAGGACAGCGAGAGCACCGGCUCGGCUCGUUUCCGCUGGGAUGCCGACAGAAAGUGCGCCAUGGAGACGGUGCUGCAGUACUGCAAAGAGAAGAACGAGAAGAAGCCUCAGAAGUCGUAUCUGAUCCACGCCGGACUGGAGCCACUCACCUUCACCAACAUGUUCCCCAGCUGGGAGCACCGAGAGGAUGUGGCCGAGAUCACAGAGAGGGAGGCGGAGGUGUGUCACCAGAUCAUCCUGGUGGAGGACGUGUUGGCGCGGCUCUGUCAGAACACCUUCCCCCUCGCCCAGCUGCAGGCCCGGCCCCUCCCUGAAGGAGUGGACCCCCUCCGGCUGGAGAUAUACCUCUCGGACCAGGACUUUGAGGUCAGAAAGCCUCCUGAAAACCUGCUGCACCAAACCUGAUUUACUUUGUUUGUG